UAGGAAGUGUCGUUAAACACCAGGAAGUUGUAAACAAAGCUGACAGCUACUGAGUUAGCUGUUAAGUAUAUCUGCAUGGAUCUCGAGAUAGCUGAAUAAAAAGGCGAUAUUAGUUAUUUUUAAAUAAUAAAGCUAACCGGUUUCAAUGUAGCGGUCGUUUUGCGGUUAUUAUCUGUAUCUAUUCCUCUUAGGUACCGUUACCUGUCUUCCGUUUUAGCGCUGAGGGGUGAAAAAAACAAAACGACUAACGUUUUUGUACAAGGACGUUAGACCAUUCGCCGUUGCCGCAUCCACAGUAAACGUUAAUCGUCUACCAUUUACCCGAUCCACACUGGUUUAACACCACCGGCUUGAACAGCGAGAGGGGUUUAUCUUUGUUAGCUAAACAACAAUGUCCACGUCCAACGCCAGCUUUAAGAACAAAUGCGUGGCCCAGGUGAACUGCAUCUUCUGUGACAGUCUGUUGUGCACCAGGGGGAUGAAGGCUGUGCUCCUUGCGGACACCGAAGUUGAGCUCUUUUCCACGGAUAUACCUCCAAACAGAACUGUUGACUUUGUGGCCAGCUGCUACUCGACUGAGAGCUGCAAAUGCAAACUGAGAGACAUUGCAUGUCUCAAAUGUGGCAAUGUUGUGGGUUAUCAUGUGGUUGCCCCCUGCAAACCCUGCUUGCUGUCAUGUAACAACGGCCAUUUCUGGAUGUUCAACAGCGACGCUGUGUCCACUCUCAACAGACUUGAUGCUACGGGUCUGAAUCUGCUCCUCUGGGGAGAUCUUCCAGAGUUGGACGACAGUGAAAACGAAGAAUCAGAAAGCCCGUCGGAGGAGGAGUGCAUUAGGUAGAGUGCAACACGGACGAUGCAAGAGGAACCUAGUGGAACGACAUUCAUUAACUGGGGAAGGUGGAGCUGGAAGAGUGUACAGACUAUGCUGGGAGGAGACCAAAAAGAGAAGCAUUAAAGGGUAACUGAACACUGAAUCGCAUAAGGCUGAUGAGCUCUGCUGUAAUCCUCUGUGUGGGCCGCGACUGCAGCUUCUAAUCAUUAGUCAAACUGAUGCUGCAGCAGGUGUUUGGUCUUUGACGGGUAGCGGAGAACACCUGCUGUGACGUCACUGGGGCGUGGCUGUGAAGCAGAGGCGCGCCAAAGUUUUUGUUGAGUUACCCUUUAAGCUGUGGCCAAGCCUUUCUCUUUAAUUUACAAAGUUAAAGCACAGAUUGAAAAAAAAAAAAAAAAAUUCUUUAGGGUAUUGUAAAAUAUGUAGCCGAGGAGAUCGGAGGACGAUCUCGUCGGCUACAUAUUGAGUUUACUUUGUGUUUAGCUACAAGUAAAGCAGAAGAAGCGAAACAAGAUGGCGUUUACUUUAGUUCAGACUCUGUGAAAGGAUGGCCACAGCUCACCCAGUUGUGAUCUGUACAGAUAACAUGCUGUGAUUGAGAGCUGUGUCUUAAAGGCCUAUAUGUGUUCUCGCUGUGUGGCUUGGUGCUGAAUGAAACCUCGAGUGCUUUUUGAAUCUCACAUAUUAGAGAAAUGGCACAAAUAUUAAAUGAUGUACACGUUCCUUGCUUUUUCAAAGGGCACAUAGUAUUUAAGGUACCAUACAAUUUCAAAUUGUAUACAAGUGAAAGAUGUUACCAUGCAUAAAUUUAUUUUAUUAUUUGUAUUUUUUUUUUUUUUUGGUUUGUACACUUGUGAUGCCAGUGUGUUUAGUAUUUAACCCCAAGGUAAACCAGACCAUAGCAGUUUUCCUUACUAACGUACUAACUUGAGGAAUAUGUGAUUGAACAAAAAAAAAAGAAACUGAAUUAACUGCUGAGUUAAAACAUACAUUUAUAUCUACAUAUAAAUGAGGGGAAACCAAUUUGCUGAAAUGAGGGAAUGUAUAAAACAAUAAGCUUUGCAAGGGUGUCGGGUUCCAUGGUGAGUUUAUUUAUGCAACAUCGUACCUGCAGCACCUGAGGAGGGAAAAACAAGUCGGCCAAGGGGGAUAAUCAUGGAUCGUUAAAAUAUUUGCCUUUUAUAAACGGGCUUUAGUCAUGCAAUUUAUAGAUCGAUCUACAGAGCUCCUCAGAUGUUUUUUUUUUUUUUAGAGAAACUGUUCAGCAUGGCACACUGAAUGGUGAAGCUUACACCUUUUAGGGUUGGAACCUGUUUCAUAUUGUGUUUGCCGACAAUGAAGCACAGUCCGAUUCUGUUCGUUGGACAGAAAGAACCAGCAGGUCAGAGUUCAAACUCAAAGGGCUUCUUGGUCAAAUUGCUCCUUGGCCAGUUCGUACCUCCAUGUUGCCAUUUUCUCCCUUCGUACAUGUAUUUUUUUUUUUUUUUUUUUUUCUCCUGUAAGCAAACCGUUCAUACAUUCAUUCGGCCAUUGUGCAGUAGUUUAAUUAAUUGAGUAAUUAACUGAUUAAUUCUGUAGAAGCAGAAUCACAAAAAUGCUAAAACUCCAAAUAUUUUACAUUACUUAUAAUAUAUUUAUUGAAGACAUUAAAUUCCACCCCAUUUCCACUAAUUGCGGUUCUGAGAGACUGGCUCCUACACAAACCAGAAAAUAUUAAGUUGGCAAAACAUGGAAAACGACCAUAAAAUUAAUUGUGAAAUGGGUACAAAGUGUUUCUCUGGUGGAUAUGAAGCGAUACUUGGCUGGUCCUUUUAAAAGGACGACUCCAUUUCAUUUACGGUGAAGCUGUACACGAAACUUGCAAGAGUAGGAAAUUUUGAAAGGUGGAUGCGACCAGGACCCAACUAAAAGCAAGUACUCUCUGUGUAUUUGUUGUUUUUUGCGUCUUUGAACUCAUUGCUCUCGCAUCUUCGCCGUGUAAUUCUAUGAUCCGGUCUUAAAAUUACAGAAAGAUUCUCAUUCAGUAAGAAAUUAAUGAAACUUACUUGUGGCGUCUGCAAUCGCUGUUGAGGAAUCGAACAUUGAAUGUUUUAUUAACACAUUAAAAUUUUUUUUUUUUUUUAACCUGAAGGCUGAGGAUAAAUAAUGUGACUAAAUAAGUCGCUUUGCCCCCACGUUCAUCGAUGCUGCAGCUUUUAAUUCGGAAAAAAAAAGAAACGCAUUUAAUGAGAAAAAUCUUCUUUUUAUUUUUAAAUGGAAACUGACAGUCUGUAUCUUUUCAGACCAAUUUCUGUCUGUAUGUUUGAAAUGGUGCAUUACCUAUAUAUUUAUUAAACUCAAAAACCAAAA